AUGAGUAAAGAAUUAGGGUUGCCUUAUGGAGCAACAGGACAAAUUAUUGCUCAAGCAUUGAAAGCUGCUUGGGAUAUAUGUGGAAAUACCUGUAAUUUAUCAUGUUUAACAUACUCGAGACGUUUUUCAUUACAACAUCAAAUUAAUAUGCCUACAGUGACUGAUCCAGAAAGCUUACCUUCGGAUGUCAAAUUAAUUCUAGAUAUGACUGAGAAUAUUCCUGAAGAGAUCAAAAAGAGAGCACAAAAGAAAAUAAAGGAUAUAAUUACUACUGAGGAUAUUCCUCUUGAUUAUCGUGCAGUCACUCAAUAUACUCCUGAAGAAAUUAUUGCAGUUAAUAUAUUACCGAAUCCAUGGUUCAAAACACGAGGUGCUUUGAAUGAUGAUGAUGUGAAACUUCAUGCAUGCAUCAUUGCAUAUGCUUCUGAUAGUGGAUUUAUUAGUACCUCUGCAGCAGCUAAUGGAUUCACCAAAAAUGGUCCCUGUACAAAUGAAGAACGUAGUAUGGUAUUUAUGGUCGAGAUGGAACCUUAG